CUGCAGCCGUGAGUUUGUGGAGUACCGGGCAGAGAUGUCUGAGGCAGUCAAACCUCUGACCUCCUUCCUCAUCGAGGACAUUCUCUCCAUCAAGGAAAGCACAAGGCUUAACGGGAAAUGCUCCACACAGAAGAUGGAAAGAUGCUCACAGUGGAAAGAAGAAUCUGAGGAGUUGGAGCAGCUCUGCCAGCAGGACAUGAUGUUUGGAGUGCAGAACGAGUCCCUCGACACAUCCUGUCCCAGCACCUCAGACUCCAGCACUUUAACGUCUGCAGGGAAACAGAAGCGUUCCCGCGCAGCAUUUACACAUCUCCAAGUGCUUGAGCUAGAGAAGAAAUUCAACCACCAGAGGUACCUGUCAGCCCCGGAGAGGGCUCACCUAGCCAGCACCUUGAGACUGACUGAGACCCAGGUCAAGAUCUGGUUCCAGAACAGGAGGUAUAAGACAAAGAGAAAGCAGCAGACCUCGGAGCUGUGUAAGGACAUGUACAAGUCGGACAGACUGGGCCUCAGGGACGAUUUAGUCAGAGCAUCGCUGCUCUCCAGCCUCCACUACCGACCCUACCUGUGGGACUUCAGUGGCCCCUGGGGGCCGACAUUAUGGUGAAAUGGACAUGUACCAUGGACUCCUGGUUUAUGAUCAUAAAGCUUUUUGAUUGUUUCAUGUCCCUGUUUGUCAUGCUAAAUUUAUAGAAUUUUAAGCUAGGUCAUGUUCAGUAACACACUUUACUUUUAUUUAUUUUAACUCAAUUUUAAAUUCAUAGAUGCAUGUAUGGCAAUUACCCAGUCUUCUAAAAUGUUAAUGCUCAUAACAACAUUAGAUUUUUCUUUUCAUGAUUUGCCCAAAUCUGUGACACUGGAUGAAAAAGGCCCUGUAUGAAAUCCAACAAAACUAGUAGUACUGGACUACAUGUGGAUUUGCACAAAAAUAAUGAUUUAAUCACUAAAUUCACAUUGUUGA